AGGAUCACGAGCGCGCUGAGGGAGCGCUGGGAGGCUCGUGCGCAACAGGACAAGGACAAGUACGGACGUGUCCGCUCAACAUUCCGAGUGUACGAUAGGGAGAACAAGGGCUACAUUGAGUUUGCGGACCUUUCGAGGGUCUUCGAGCAGCUGGGCGCGAAUUUCUCGUCGGAGGAAAUUAGUAUGGUGUUCCAGGAGUCCGACAUGAUGAAGGAUGGCAAACUCAAUUUUAAGGAAUUCCUGGUGUGCCUCGCGAUCGGAUUCGUGCUGCAUAAAAUUCCCUCUCUCGAAGGAGAGCGACUGAGCAUCUUCUACGCUCCAAUUAACAGUACUCCAGCUUCAGCACCCACACAGUUCAUCUUAUUUGGAGAGGGAAACAAGCUUAGACUCGCAUUCCAGCUUGCGGUGGACGCCUUCCUAUGGUUCGAUGUUGACGGUGAUGGUGUUAUUAAUCGGUCGGAGAUGUCCACAAAACUCCAACACUCCAUGGCUCUUCACUCCCCAACAAAAAAGAUGACAGCGGAUGAUAUGAACAAAGACACGAGCGACGACUCGAGCAACCAAGCGAUUUGGGAACAACGGUUCAUGGAAAUGGACUGGAACGGCGAUGGGACGAUCCAAUUCAAAGAAUUCCUCAUGGCGUUCGAGUCCUGGGUUGGUCUGGAAGACGAUGACAGCAUGAGCACCAGCAGUUUCCGUUAUGCAGGAUAG